GCUACAAAACACAUGCAACAUCACAUUUCAUCUUUAGGACUGAAGUCUCAAAUGAAGGCUACACCUUUAAUCUGCAGCAUUAAGCUAAAAGCCAACAAUAUUCGUGCUUCUCAAGAAACCCGUCUUGCUAGGACCUUGUCCUGGAAUUCCGGUUCAGCUUCUAACCGAAAUACGUAUAACAAGAAAAUCGGUCUUCUUUCGGAUUCCGCCAUAAAAGCCGUCGACAUCGUUACCCUUUUCUCUGUGGUCUUUCCUGUUGACAAGUGUCCUCCUCCACCGGGACCCGUGAGCAUAUUGGUUGAAUUCGAGCACAAGAGUUUUGAUUUUUUGAAAAAUACCGUAUGGGAAUUCUUUGUUACGUCUCCACUGGAUUUCAAUGUGAUCACCUGGUUUUAA